GCCGCCGGGCCGAGCCGCGGGCGCCGCAUCCGGGCCCGCCUUUGAGACAACCUCUGCGGCGGCGGCGCGCGGCCCCGGGACGCCAGGCUGGGGCAGCUCAGGCCUGAUCCAGGCCUCUCUGCUCCUGACGCGGAGCCUGCUGCCCAGGUCCUCUUGCAGCCAGGGCUCAGGCUAGCUGCCUUCCCUGGGCGCCCUGUCCUGGAGCCAUGGGGCCCACCUAGCCCCUGCCUGCCCGGAUGUCCCGGCCCAGGGACUGCUGACCUCGGCUGCAGGGGGAGCGCCCCCCACACCCCCUCGCCAGCCUCAGCAGCCAGAGACCCUGGGUGAACCCCUGGGCCAGACCUCCAGACCCCAGCCUCCCACACCCCCCUGCCCCCGCCUCCCUCCCCCACCCCUCCCCCUUCCUCCUCCUCCCCGGACUGGACCAGAGAAGCCACUGUGGCCACUGGGAGGAGCCCUGCCCCCCCAGCUCUCACCGGCUGCCCCUAGGAGUCCACGGGGUGGCCGGGCUUCCCAUCAGGCCUGGCAGCAUCAGGAUGCUGCUCCCUCUCCUCCACCCGAGCCCCACCCGAUGCCCCCGCCCACCCGCAAGUCCAGUCUGACUGGAGACAGCCGGAUGCCCGCUGACCCUGGACCCGAGGUGGGCAGUGGCUGGCCGGGCCUCCUCAUGUCCUGCCUGAAGGGCCCCCAUGUCAUCCUCAAGAUGGAGGCAAUGAAGAUUGUCCACCCUGAGAAGUUCCCUGAGCUAUCAACGGCUGCCCCCUGCUUCCCGCCUGCUCCCCGGCCUACCCCCACUCUGGCACCCAAGCGUGCCUGGCCCUCAGACACAGAGAUCAUUGUCAACCAGGCAUGUGGGGGGGACAUGCCUGCCUUGGAAGGGGCGCCCCACACUCCACCCCUGCCAAGGCGGCCCCGCAAGGGUAGUGCGGAGCUGGGCUUCCCGCGCGUGGCACCAGCAGACGAGGUCAUUGUGAAUCAGUACGUGAUUCGGCCUAGCCCUGCAGCAUCGGCAACUUCGUCUAUGACAGUGGCAGCAGGCGAGCCCCUGGAGUGCCCCACCUGUGGGCACACAUACAACGUCACCCAGCGGCGGCCCCGUGUACUGUCUUGCCUUCACUCCGUGUGCGAGCAGUGCCUGCAGAUUCUCUAUGAGUCUUGCCCCAAGUACAAGUUCAUCUCCUGUCCCACCUGCCGCCGUGAGACUGUGCUCUUCACUGACUAUGGCCUGGCUGCACUGGCUGUCAACACAUCCAUCUUGAGCCGCCUGCCCCCCGAGGCGCUGACUGCCCCAUCCGGUGGCCAGUGGGGGGGCGAGCCUGAGGGCAGCUGCUACCAGACUUUCCGGCAGUACUGUGGGGCAGCGUGCACCUGCCACGUGCGGAACCCACUGUCCGCCUGUUCCAUCAUGUAGCGCCUGUCUGCCCACCACUGCCUGCUGGUCCUCGUUCACCGCUUCUUCAGGGACCCGGCCCUGCUCUGUUGCCCACUGACCCUUCCUCGCCCACCAUGGCUUCUGGCCCUACCCCGCGUGGAAUUGUUGCUGCAGCCAAUUCUGCCAUUAAAACU